AUGAAGGUGUUGAAAGUGGCAGAACUUUUUUCUGGUAUUGGUGGGAUGCACUGUGGCUUAAAGUUAUGGGAGGAGAGUCAAAGGGAAGCAGGACGACAAAUUGGAUGCGAAGUCACCCUAGCGAUGGACUUCAGCGAAAGAGCGAGAGAAGUCUACAAGUAUAAUUUUCCUACUGUUACUCCAAGUUCCAGAAACGUUACAGCUCAAUCCCUUCAGUUUUGGAUCGAUCUAAAUGUUGAUGUUUGGAUGCUUAGCCCUCCUUGUCAACCUUAUACGAGACAGGGAUUAAAAAAAGAAAGUAAAGAUAUUCGAUCGAACAGCCUUUCGUAUUUGUUAAAUAUUAUUGAAGAGUUGCCUGAAGAAUUUCGUCCGAGAUGCAUUCUUCUAGAAAACGUUCACGGAUUUGAAUCGAGCGACAUGCGGGACGCAACUGUGAAGACUCUCUCAGCAACGGGAUACCAAGUGAGGGAAUUUCUGCUCACCCCAAUCCAUUUCGGUGUCCCAAACUUCCGCCUCCGCUAUUUUCUAUGCGCCCGUCGAUUCGAUGAAGAUGAAUGCCUUACUGCUGUUUGGAGUCAGGGAGUCAAUGACACGCCUGCAGCAAAUAUUAUUAGAUAUAUUCCUGGAUUUGACGGUGACCUCAAUUGGUGUUGCCCGAUUGAUCCAAUUUCCCGCUUCCUUGAUAAAAACAUCCCCCCGAUAGCAGACAGAGAAGAGGAUGAGGAAAUAAUGCAACAAUUAAUUUUAUCCUUAGAAAGGAAAGUGAAGAAUUGGGGAUCCAUAGAUCUUGUUCGAGCGAGUGAUAAACAUACUUGUUGUUUUACAAAAGCCUACGGAAAAUAUCUCGCCAAAACAGGAAGUGUGUUACUGUUGAAUGAAGCAGCUCUUGAUUGGAAGACAUCAACAGACACUCCAUUAAGAGAAGUAAAGGAUUAUAUUACUGCAGCCAACGCUUCAGUUCGUCUUUUUUCAGCGAACGAAAUGCUGAGGCUUCAUUGCUUUCCUACGUGGUUCACUUUUCCCCCCAAUAUGCAACAAGAGAGACCAAAAAUGAUGUUGAUUGGGAACAGCCUCAACGUCCGGAUUGUCUCUUUUCUUUGUGGAUUUUUGUUUGAUGGAAUUGGUUCAUAA